UUGUGGAGGCCAAAAUGGCGGCGCAGGCGGCGGCGGCGGCGGCGCAGGCGGCGCAGGCCGAGGCAGCCGAGUCGUGGUACUUGGCCCUGCUGGGCUUCGCCGAGCACUUCCGGACGUCCAGCCCGCCCAAGAUCCGCCUGUGUGUGCACUGCCUGCAGGCCGUGUUCCCCUUCAAGCCGCCGCAGCGCAUCGAGGCCCGCACGCACCUGCAGCUCGGCUCGGUGCUGUACCAUCACACCAAGAACAGCGAGCAGGCGCGCAGCCACCUGGAGAAGGCGUGGCUGAUAUCGCAACAGAUCCCGCAGUUUGAAGACGUGAAAUUCGAAGCUGCGAGCCUGCUGUCGGAGCUGUACUGCCAGGAGAAUUCCGUCGACGCGGCAAAGCCGCUCCUGCGCAAGGCGAUCCAGAUCUCGCAGCAGACCCCGUACUGGCACUGCCGCCUGCUUUUCCAGCUCGCCCAACUGCACACGCUCGAGAAGGAUCUGGUGUCUGCCUGCGACCUCUUGGGCGUGGGCGCCGAGUACGCCCGGGUGGUGGGAUCCGAGUACACACGGGCGUUGUUCCUACUCAGCAAGGGGAUGCUGCUGCUGAUGGAACGCAAGCUGCAGGAGGUACACCCGCUGCUGACGCUCUGCGGGCAGAUCGUGGAGAACUGGCAAGGCAACCCCAUCCAGAAGGAGUCACUCCGCGUCUUCUUCCUCGUGCUGCAGGUGACCCACUACCUGGACGCCGGGCAGGUGAAGAGCGUGAAGCCGUGCCUGAAGCAGCUGCAGCAGUGCAUCCAGACCAUCUCGACGCUGCAUGAUGACGAGAUCCUGCCCAGCAACCCCGCCGACCUCUUCCACUGGCUGCCCAAGGAGCACAUGUGCGUGCUCGUCUACCUGGUCACCGUCAUGCACUCCAUGCAGGCUGGCUACCUGGAGAAGGCGCAGAAGUACACGGACAAGGCCCUCAUGCAGCUGGAGAAGCUCAAGAUGCUCGACUGCAGCCCCAUCCUGUCCUCCUUCCAAGUCAUCCUGCUGGAACACAUCAUUAUGUGCCGGCUCGUCACCGGGCACAAGGCCACGGCGCUGCAGGAGAUCUCCCAGGUAUGCCAGCUGUGCCAGCAGUCGCCCCGGCUCUUCUCCAACCACGCGGCUCAGCUGCACACGCUGCUGGGCCUCUACUGUGUCUCGGUCAACUGCAUGGACAACGCGGAGGCCCAGUUCACCACAGCCCUGCGGCUCACCAACCACCAGGAGCUGUGGGCCUUCAUCGUGACCAACCUGGCGAGUGUGUAUAUUCGAGAAGGAAAUAGACACCAAGAGGUACUGUACAGCCUGCUGGAAAGAAUCAACCCUGACCACAGCUUCCCCGUCAGCUCCCACUGCCUCCGGGCGGCGGCCUUCUACGUGCGGGGCCUGUUCUCCUUCUUCCAGGGACGCUACAACGAGGCCAAGCGGUUCCUGCGGGAGACCCUGAAGAUGUCCAACGCGGAGGACCUGAACCGCCUCACGGCCUGCUCGCUCGUGCUCCUGGGCCACAUCUUCUAUGUCCUGGGCAACCACAGGGAAAGUAACAACAUGGUGGUACCCGCCAUGCAGCUGGCCAGCAAGAUUCCAGACAUGUCGGUGCAGCUCUGGUCGUCGGCCCUGCUGCGGGACCUGAACAAGGCCUGCGGGAAUGCCAUGGACGCCCACGAGGCCGCCCAGAUGCACCAGAACUUCUCCCAGCAGCUGCUGCAGGACCACAUUGAGGCGUGCAGCCUCCCGGAACACAACCUCAUCACGGUGGCCCGCCCCCCGUGCAGUUCCAGGCCCAGAAUGGACCCACCACCAGCCUGGCCAGCCUCCUGUGAGCCCCCGGCGUGGGGCCCAGCUCCUCGGGGCCCUUGCGUGUCCCUGGCUUUCACGCAGGCAGCACAAGAGGUGCCUGCAGCUCGCUGGCCACGCCCAGGCCUCUCCCGACUGUCCAGCGCUUCCAAGUGCGAGUGAGCGAGCGAGCCGGCCCUGGCACAGCAGCUCUGGGCACACCGGGUGCCAGCUCCACACGGCUGUGCUUCCAGGGCGACGUGGGCUGCAGGCCCUGCUGUCACCAUGGGCCACACCUGCCUGCCUGCCUGGGAGCGCGUCUGGACCAGACGCUAGCCCUGUAUGCCACCGCCCAGGCCCGUGCCCGCAGGCAGCAGCUCCAGGCCGCGUCCAGAAGCCAGAGGGAAGGCCCUGAGGCCCCGGCGCCCAGGUGGGCCAGGGCUCAUGGUGCUUUUCCCGGCACGCCAGCCUCUUCAUUGGCCAGACCUGUGGUCGGGGAUCCAGGGGACACGCAGGGACUCGGCCUCCAGGCGCCUGCGCAGUGACAUCCGGCGGUGCCAGCCUGUACACGUGCGAGUGCGGCACUGGUGGCAGCCGGGCCGUGAGGCCCACCGUGUUACUACUGUGGGACAGCAAACGGGCCGAGGGUCCUGGCCGACACGCACGAGUCCAGUGCCUGCACAGAGCACACAGCCCCGUAGAUCUGGGGUGGAGGGGCCCUCCCCCGCACCUGCGCCCCGAUGCUGCCCGGUCUGCCCGCACCGGCCGCGGUCCCCAGACCUCCUCCUGAACUGGGCAACACUAGGCUUUUCACGCUCUUCUCUUGGCCCGUCGGGCAGGGGGCGCCGUGCGAGUAGUGGCAGCAGAGAUGGAG